GAAGGGCGAAGGCGGGAAGUUGACGCAGCAGCCCCAUUACAGUCAGUGCGGGACAGCUGGGCGGGCGGCGUAGGCCGGCUCUCAGGGUCCACUCGGAGGUCAGUCCCACGGAGUUCAGCGGCACUGGCUCCCCGGUUAAAUGCCUGCGAGACCGCAGUCUGAGACGGGCGAAACGAGUUUCUCCCGUGUUGUAUCAUCACAGAAGCAGACUGCAACUGGAGCUGAGUUACCAGGAUGGGAAUCCAUGGUUUGGCCAAGCUGAUUGCCGAUAUAGCUCCUGGUGCCAUUCGAGAGAAUGACAUUAAGAGUUACUUUGGCCGGAAGGUGGCCAUUGAUGCGUCUAUGAGUAUUUACCAGUUCCUCAUUGCUGUAAGGCAGGGAGCUGACAUGCUGCAGAAUGAAGAAGGCGAGACCACUAGCCACCUGAUGGGGAUGUUCUACCGCACCAUCCGCAUGGUGGAAAAUGGCAUCAAGCCUGUCUAUGUCUUUGAUGGCAAGCCCCCACAGUUGAAAUCGGGGGAACUAGCCAAACGCACCGAGCGCCGAGCUGAAGCAGAGAAGCAGUUGCAAGAGGCCAAAGAGGCAGGUGAGGAGGAAAAUGUAGAAAAGUUCAGCAAGAGGUUAGUGAAGGUGACCAAGCAGCACAACGAUGAGUGCAAGAAGCUGCUGACCUUGAUGGGCAUCCCUUACGUUGACGCACCUGGCGAGGCUGAAGCUAGCUGUGCUGCACUGGUGAAAGCGAGCAAGGUCUAUGCAGCUGCUACGGAGGAUAUGGAUUGCUUGACCUUUGGUAGCCCUGUGCUGAUGCGGCAUCUUACUGCCAGUGAGGCAAAGAAGCUGCCGAUUCAGGAAUUCCACCUGAGCCGCCUCCUUCAGGAUUUGAGCCUCACGCAGAAGGAGUUUGUGGACCUUUGCAUACUGCUGGGCUGCGACUACUGCGAGAGCAUCCGCGGCAUUGGGCCGAAGCGGGCCGUGGAGCUGAUCAAGCAGCACAAGAGCAUAGAAAAGAUUCUCCAGCAAAUAGAUGCCAAGAAGUAUUCUGUGCCUGAGAACUGGCUGCACAAGGAGGCCCAGCUGCUCUUCCUGGAACCUGAAGUUGUCGACCCCGAAGCUGUGGAUCUGAAGUGGAACGAACCAGAUGAGGAAGAGCUGGUCAACUUCUUGUGCGGGGAGAAGCAGUUCAACGAAGAAAGAAUACGCAACGGGGUCAAGAGGCUGAACAAGAGUCGCCAGGGCAGUACUCAGGGCCGAUUAGAUGACUUCUUUAAGGUUACUGGCUCCAUCACUUCAGCCAAACGCAAAGAGCCAGAACCCAAGGGAUCCGCCAGGAAGAAAGCAAGGGGCGGUGGUGCACUAACAUCAAAGUUUAAAAGAGGGAAGUAAAAUUAUUUUCUAGAACUCUGUACCAGUUCCCUUCCACUGCAGAUGCUUGGAGCGAAAUAUAUUAAACUUCAAUUAUAGAGCUUUGUGGUAAUGUACUCUGUAGUGCUCAAAAUGUGAGUUAUCGUCAGGCCUUGAGCUCAGCUUAAACUGAUGCAUGGUGGGAGGGACACUGUUCUGACAAAACACCUGACACUGCUAAUUGCUGGCCAGAGAUCCAGCCAGUCUGAAGGUUUGCCCUGCUCUCGAAGGACCCAGAGGGUGCUGCUGUUGCUGCCUUGAGUCCGGUGAACUCCAUACAUAGUAUAGGUCCAUCUUUGCUGGGAGUACUAUGUUGAGAUUUUAGCUUUUGAAUUGUAUCUUCCAAUAAAUAUUGAUAACUAUUGAUAACUAAA